AACUGCAGCCCGUGAGACUGGAGAGACCCAGAGGGCUGAGAUCAGACAUAAUGAAGUUCCAGUUUUCUGUGUGGUCUAGGGUGGGUUGUAAGCUUCAGAUUUUUCACCCAUAAAUUGGGCAAAAUGGCAUCUUCUUUAGAUUUGCUGGGGGAGGGGGCAGUAGUGCCCUGGGGGCUGGGGUGGGGUUUUGUGUGAGAACUAGGCCAGUGACCCCAGCUGAGGUGACAGGCAGGACACUGGGUGAAGGAAAGGAGCUGAGGAGCUAGGCCUGGGCUUACCACACACUGCCCCCACCCCCGGAACUGGUGAGAAAAGAGGAAGUGGGUGGGGUGGGUGUGGACAGAGAUAUUCCAGGGUCUGUAGUAAAAACUACCAAAUUCAAGGAGGUCUGCUGGACAGUUGCUCAAGGACUUUCUCUUCUGGCCUGGGGGAACCUUACCCCAACCCUGGGGAAGACAGGAUUGUUUUUCAGAGUAGAAAGUUAGAGCCCCUGGAGGGGAAGUAAUUUGCCAAAGGCCAGAGGCAGGUGGAGCUGGGUUUAUUUCAUCACUCUUUGGGGCAAAGACUUGCUGUGGGGCAAGAUUGAAUCAAUUUCUGGCCCCUUCCUUCCCUCAGGAUCCACAGGGGUCGGUGAGGCCAGCCAUCUCCUUCCCCUGCAGUGGUUGUCUUUCUCUAUCUUCCCCUGGGAGGACCUGUGGGCAGGUACUGGGAGGAGGCUGUGCCAGGGCUGCAGGUCUUGGGAGAGCCUACAAACACCUUUAGGCAGAGGCCAGAGUCCAGCCUGCCAGCAGCCAUGCCAUUCUGCAUCCCUGGGCUCUUCCUACAGCCCUCCCAGCCAGAGAGGUAGGCCUGGAGUCUGCUGGAAAUUGUUUUUCUCUGCCCCAGGCUUACCCUCUUGUACCCCUAGAUAACCGUCUCCUAGAGAAGGCUGAGUUGCUGACCUGGAUCUCAGAGAAGCUGCAGCCAGAGCCAAAUGAUGUCACUCCCACUGCCCUGCAGGGCCCCUGAUGGCCUACCAGGUGGUGGAGAAGAGCGCUGCCCUGGGCGCCCUGGAGUCGACCCUGGAGGAGCGGCAAAGCAGGCUGGCGGCUCUGGAGGCGCACGUGGUGGAGCUGCAGGAGGCGCGGUCGCGGCACGCGCGGCAAGUGGACGCACAGCGGGAACUGAACGCAGCGCAGCGGGCAGCUUACGAGGCGCUGUGCGCGCACGCCAGGCUCCAGGAGGCGGCCCUGCGCAGGCUGGAGGAGGAGGCGCGGGACCUGCUCGAGCGGCUCGUGCAGCGCAAGGCGCGCGCCGCCGCGGAGCGCAACCUGCGCCUGGAGCGCCACGAGAAGGCCAAGCAGGCGCGCGUGUCCUUGGAGCUGAAAAAGGCUGCCAAGCGGACAGUCAGCAUCAGCGAGAGCCCAAACACUGUAAGCCAGGGGAUGAGAGAGGAGGCUGAGUCUCUGGCCCCGACUGCUGAGCCCCUAUCCCUGAAGAGUGAGGCUGGUGACAAGUGGAAGAGACCCUUCAGAUCUGCCUCUGCCACCUCCCUGACACUCUCCCGCUGUGUGGAUGUGGUGAAGGAGCUUCUGGAUUUCAAGAAGAGGAGAGGCCACUCGGUUGGGGGAGCUCCUGAGCAGCGAUACCAGAGCAUCCCUGUGUGUGUGGCUGCCCGGCCUCCUACCCAAGUGCAGGAUGUGCUGGAUGCCCACCUCUCCGAGGUCAAUGCUGUUUGUUUUGGUCCCAGCAGCAGCCUCCUGGCCACCGGAGGGGCUGACCGCCUCAUCCAGCUCUGGAAUGUUGUGGGAGGUCGUCUGGAGGCCGACCAAACCCUUGAAGGAGCUGGUGGCAGCAUCACCAGUGUGGACUUCGACCCUUCGGUGAGGGGACUUAGCCUCAAUGACAUGGGAUGCCUGUUGUGUGGGCUCCCCAAUCCGCUCUCCAUGAUCUGGGAAGCUCUAAGGCAGCCCCUGCCCCAGCUCUCUGGCCUGAGGGAUGUUGCUUCUGUCCAGGUCCAGGUUAAGGGCCUUCGCCUUCCCCUUCCAUCUUUCCAGGGCUCACAGGUAUUAGCAGCUACUUACAAUCAGGCCGCCCAGCUCUGGAAGGUGGGGGAGGUACAGUCCAAGGAGACACUGUCUGGACACACAGACAAGGUGACGGCUGCUAAAUUCAAGCUAACGAGGCACCAGGCGGUGACUGGGAGCCGAGACCGGACGGUGAAGGAGUGGGACCUCGGCCGUGCCUACUGCUCCAGGACCAUCAAUGUCCUUUCCUACUGUAAUGAUGUGGUGUGUGGGGACCAUGUCAUCAUUAGUGGCCACUAUGACCAGAAGAUCCGGUUUUGGGACAGCAGGGUCCCCUGCUGCACCCAGGUCAUCCCUGUGCAGGGCCGGGUCACCUCCCUGAACCUCAGCUAUGACCAGCUGCAUCUGCUCAGCUGUUCCCGAGAUGACACACUCAAGGUCAUUGACCUUCGUGUCAGCAAUAUCCGCCAGGUGUUCAGGGCUGAUGGCUUCAGGUGCGGUUCUGACUGGACUAAAGCUGUGUUCAGCCCGGACAGAAGCUAUGCGCUGGCAGGUUCCUGGGAUGGAGCCCUUUACAUCUGGGAUGUAGACACCGGCAAGCUGGAGGGUAGUCUGCGGGGACCCCACUGCACUGCUAUCAACGCUGUGGCCUGGUGUGCCUCGGGGAGCCAUGUGGUGAGCGUGGACCAGGCCAGGAAGGUCGUGCUCUGGCGCUAGUGUCAUGACUCCUCCUGCCAGGGCUGGAGCUCGAGUCUGAAGCCCAAAGCCAGAGGACAGCUUCCCACUGCUCACAGGGCUCCAGAGCAAGUGGGGCUGGGGGUUGGGGGGUGGUGACCUUGGGGCAUUUAUGGGGAAUAAGGCCUGGCAGGACCUGGCCUGUUUUUAAAAAAAAGUUUGUG